GCCCAUAUAAACAAUUAUAUUAUUCCUGAAACAAAGCCCUUGUUGUGUUUACCCGUAGAACAAAGAUCAAUAUACGUUUCAAUUACAUCCCCUACAACUUGGAAUAUAAAAUGAAGAACACACUUCCACUGUAGUUACUAACAAUAUGAUACCCCAUCCCAACGAACGUCGCCUGAAACAACAAGCAAGUAUUUGCCCUGAGUUGUAAUUAAAUUGUCUUGACAAAUAUAAAAAUCACCUGGAAUAAACACGGAAAAAUCAUGACUAUCGAAUUCGAGUUAGGCACGGCUGAUCACGCAGAGUUAAUUACUCAUCUAGAGCUACAAGGAUUAGGAGAGGCUUACGGCCACGAUGAAUUCGAACAGCUCUACCAAUAUCACGUGAAAGAAAUUAGCAAGGGUUUGAACUACUACAUAAUUGCCUACGACCUGGAAGAUGGACUCAAGGUCUAUGUGGGGUGGUGUUUGUUGCAGUGGAAUCUACGGCAAGGAAUUACAGUCGCGUGGCCCGAGGCCGAUGAAAAAGAGACCCUUAUAGCCAACAAGAUUUCGACACAUCCUCUCCUAAAGAAGCUUCAAGAAACCAAUCAAUUAGUCCUUGACGGUGACUUCCUAUUUGCUACAGACCUUUACGUGCAAGAGUGUCCCCAGAAAAAGGUAUUCAUAAUUGCAUUACUCGAACAUCUAAAGAGUCUCGCAGAUACUACGGGCAUGAGACUUCUCUCUUUUGUGAAAGGAAGACCCAACGAAGAUUUCCUCGAACAGCAUGAGUGGAAAAUGGAGGAAUUGCUAAAUCAGGCAGCGGAAGACUCGGAAGCGCUGCUGGCAUGGCCACGCAUGACUGUGCUACGUGACAUAGCCUCCCAUAGUAUCAACCAAGCAAAGAUUCAUUUCAAAGCUUAUAAGCAUUUGUACGAUGAGGCGGUGCAAGAAGACGAGUGCCUCGAGGAGCUUUGGCUGGGACUUGGCUUCGAGGAGGUAGGACCGAGCCUAAGCUGGCCCACUGACUGGCUCGAACCAGAGAAUGGAGGGGUAGUAGCGCCUACUGUGAUGCGCCUCCUAGAGUAUAUACCGAAGCAAGGGUUAAUUUGGGAAGACUGGCAAGAAACUCGUGAAAACCUUACUGCGGCGUAG